AUGCCGCAAGGAGAAACCGAGCCCCUCCUCCCUCGCUACCGGGAGGACACGACCCUCCAGCGUCGCCUGCAUCAAAAAUUACACACAUACCAGAUGAUCCGUGCUCUUUCGGAUGGGUACAUGCCGUCUACGGAGCAAGCCAUCAUCAAUCUGCGCACCUUGUUGGCUUCCGAUGUCCUUUCCCCUCACACCCACGAUGUUGGCACCGUCGGCCGUCAAAUUGUCCGCGACUGCCGCCUUUGGAUCCAAGUGUUCAUCGAGCUCUUGCAAGAGAAGAAUGGUGAUGAUAAGCUCCAGGAGUUUCUGUGGCACCUAUCACGCUCCAGGGCCUCCAUCGACCCCAACAAGAUACAGCAGCGAGCCAAUCAAACCAAGGCAAGGGCGGAUACGAAAGCGGGUACCGACUUCCGUUCUUUUUCUGUUCAUGCACCAGGCUCGUAUGAUAGCCUGCGCACUGUGGGAAGCCUACUCCUGACCAACGCGGACUUCCGGCUCUUCGUUGAUGAUUUGUCAACUGUCGGCCGCCAGAUCUUUUCCGAUACGGCAUUCUCGUUGUCCAACACGUCGCAGCAGAUUGGAAAGGAGCUUCAACCCUCUCAGGAAAAUGUAGAUGCUAUUCAGGGAGCAGGUGCCGAUGAGGGUCGUUCUGCAGGGAACGAGGAAUUACGUGAAGAUGCAGCUACUGUGGCGAAAGUCACAGGCAAUGGUGUUGCUCGCACCGGAAAAGAUGCAGUCCAGAGUGCCAAAGAGCAUUUAGCAGGACAGGAAAAAGACGCCUUGCUCUAUCGGUUGAAAAAAACCGUGAUGAACCUUCGGGAUCGUUCUGACUAUACAGAUUCUGUUGCCACGCUAGGCCAACUGCUGGGGCGAUAUGCCAAAGCGUAUGCAAGUGCAGCUUCGGAUGUCGUCACAACGGCAGAAGAGGAAGUCGACGUCAAUAAGGACCUCAAGCAGGCAAUGGAACACUUCUGGUUGCUGGUCCAGUCGUUUGGCGAUGCUCAGGAAUGGAAGAACCUAGAGGAGCGUUUCAAAACUGUAAUGCAACACUCUAACAAAGAUCCAGAGUUCGAGAAAUUCGUCUCUGAGACAGGUUCCCUAGUCGAGGAAAUGUUGACUGAUCCAAAAUUCUUCGAUUCGGCCGAAGAGAAGAUUGAUGAGCUCAAAGAAAAGUCGAAGCAAAUUGAGACAGGAUCAAGUAUCCGUCAGGAUGUGGAUGCAUUCCUGGCACAAGCAAGACGGGCAUUACGGACAGUCCCGCAAGACAAAGCCGUGUCUAAACUCUUCGACGCGACGAACAAGCUAUACAAAGAUGCUUGGGACGGCUACAACAGCCGGGAGGGUCAAUUGCCCACCGACAUAAUCGAAGUCUUCUUUCCCCUAGUUCUCCGCACUAUUCAAUACAUACCAAUCCCGCGACUGGAGAUAUCUGCACCAGAGGUCGAUCUGUUACUGGAGAGCCUCAUCCUAGAACCUGGCCACACCGUCAAUUAUUCCUCAUUCUUGCCAUACCGUAUGCAUGUACCAACGCGCAAUGACAUCGACAUUGUGAAGAAGCAUUCCAAGAAAACCGCCACUGAUCUCAAAACCACAUUCACGGCAACAGUAUGUGGACUAAACAUCAGUGCCCAGGAAUUUGGUUAUUGGAUGCGGACCCAUUCAGCGCUUCUGUUUGGCCUCAAAGAUGAGGGGAUUGCCAGUUUCUACCUGGACAAGCGCGGUAUUGACAUCUCUCUGGACAUAGAGGUUGGAAGAGAGCGGCUGGAACACAUAUUCACUCUGCGCGGUGUCCGUGUGCGGAUCCACAAGCUGGAUUACAAAGUCCACCGCAGCAAGUGGAAGUGGCUCAUAUGGUUGACGAAGCCUUUCCUCAAGCACCUAGUCCGCCGAGUCUUGGAAAAGAAGAUCGCGGAGAAUAUUGUCCAGGCUGCUUUCACGCUCAAUCGAGAGCUGGUAUUUGCCCGAGAGCGCUUGCGGGCGGCCCGCAUUGCCAACCCUCGGGACCUGGCAAGUUUCGUGCGGGCAGUGCUGGCACGACUGCAAUCACUCCCCGACACCGACGUCGAGACUCGUAUUGGCCUUGAGCCACCUGGUAGCGGUGUCUUCAAGGGUGUGUACGCCCCGGGCAGUCUGGUCAAAGUCUGGCAUGACGAGGCAUCUCGGGCCCCUGAGGUCAUUGAAGAAGGCGAUGAGAGCCAGGGCCUGGGACGGACCUGGCGUAAUGAAGUGUUUGAUGUGCCCAGACGUUGA